AUGUAUGCAUCGCAAGUAGUUAACUGUUCGUACAUCGCGGAAGGUGGUCAGCUGUAUUAACACAAAUACCCAAGGGCCUAUAUCAAAAUGGUUGAACAGUUUGUAGGAACAUGGGCAAUGACCAGCAGUGAGAAUUUUGACGAAUACAUGAAGGCAGUAGGUAUGAGCUUUGCUACUCGCCAAAUGGGAAACUUGGUCAAGCCGAGUCUACUUAUCAGUGUGGACGACCAGGGAGUCAUAUCUAUAAAGGGUAAAAGCACAUUCAAGACCACAGAGAUCAAAUUCAAAUUGAAUGAAGAAUUUGAUGAAAUCACUACAGAUGACAGACAGACUAAGACUGUGAUUACCUUGGAAAAUGGUAAACUUCUGCAUAAACAGAAGUGGGAUGGCAAGGAAACCACAGUUGAAAGAGACUUGCAGGAUGGAAAACUGGUUGCGAAAUGUGUCAUGAAUGAUGUGGUGGCUGUGCGGAUCUAUGAACGGGAGGCAUGAUCCUAGAUGUCCUUUCCUGUUGCCCUGUCGAUUAUUUUCGUUCCAGCAACCAAGACUCUGCUUUUACUUGGUUACAUUAAAGAAAAAAAAUUCAACCUUAGUUUCCAAGAAAUGUUCCCCUUGUGAAACUAGAAUAAAGUUAAUAAAAAAACGGAAAAAAAGAA